CCGAUUGUGGCUCUGGUUUAAAGGGCAGAGUGGUAAAACACUCCCGGGCAGAGGGGGGGAGUCAGUCGGAUUGCCUUGUUGAGAAGCAGAGACCAGCCCUCCAUAGAAAAGGACAAAAAAUAUACUAAAAUAUAAAAAAGAAAGCACUGACAAACCGUGGAAACUGGAAUAAUAAGACUGUUGAUCCUGAAGGGGUUUAGGGUAACGUUAGAAAUCGCUGCGCUGGACGUGCUCGUCGUCAAGGGAUCUAAACAACUAACUAGCUACGUGAAGCGGUUGCUACGCGGAUCCAGUUCCUAUAUGAUAAAGACGACUCUCCUGUGGAAGAACAACGCACAUCUUUCCAGCAACCAGCAUCUCUGUCACAUCUGAUCACUACUGCCUAGGAGGAUUCUGCAUCACCUGGCUAAGACGACUCUCAACUCCCGACUCUCGAUUACAGACAUACUCGCAACUGUGAAGCAGCUAUGCAGCUUGAAAUCCAAGUAGCACUCAACUUCAUCAUAUCAUACCUGUACAACAAACUCCCUCGGCGCCGAGUGAACAUCUUCGGUGAGGAGCUGGAAAGACAGUUGAAAAAGAAGUAUGAGGGUCACUGGUACCCUGACAAGCCAUUCAAAGGGUCCGGCUACAGGUGUAUACACGUGGGCGAGAAGGUGGAUCCAGUAGUGGAGGAAGCAGCCAAAGAGAGUGGGCUGGACAUCGAAGACGUCCGGAAUAACUUGCCUCAGGACCUCAGUGUCUGGAUCGACCCAUUCGAGGUGUCCUACCAGAUUGGGGAAAAGGGACCCGUCAAGGUGCUUUAUGUGGAUGAUAAUGGCGAGAACGGGUCAGAACUGGACAAGGAGAUCAGAAACAGUUUUAACCCCGACGCUCAGGUCUUCAUGCCAAUCAGUGACCCUGUGGGAGUCUCUUCUGAGUCCAGCUCGCCAUCGCCUCCAUUUGGCCAGUCUGCUUCGGUCAGCCCCUCAUUUAUGCCACGCUCCACUCAGCCUUUAACCUUCACCACAGCCACUUUUGCUGCCACCAAGUUCGGCUCCACCAAGAUGAAGAACAGCGGCCGUAACAACAGCAAGGUGGCACGCACAUCUCCCACUAACCUGGGCCUGAAUGUGAACAACCUACUGAAGCAGAAAGCCAUGUCCACUUCCAUGCAUUCUCUUUAUGGCCUUGGCCUUGGAGGGCAGCCGCAACAUCCGCCGCAGCAGCAACCACCACAGCCGUCGCAGAAGCCCUCAGCACUCUCCCCUAACGCCAAGGAGUUUGUAUUCCCCAACCUCCAGAGCCAGGGCAGCUCCACCGCAAUGUUCAACAGCGAGAAUCCCCUCAGCCUCAGCCCUCUGCAGUAUAACAAUGCCUUUGACGUGUUUGCAGCCUACGGCAGCCUCAACGAUAAGUCUCUCAUGGAUGGUCUAAACUUCAGUCUGAGCAACAUGCAGUAUUCUAACCAGCAAUUCCAGCCAGUCAUGGCUAACUAAUGAAUACAUGUUUAUUUAUGAAUGAUUGUUGGCAAAAGGAGAAAAGGAAAAAAUAAUAACACCACAAAAUAACGCACACUAGUAAAGGACAUGAAAAAGGAACUAUGGACAUGGAAACAGAAAUCCCUCUUAGUCACUGAAAAGCGCAUGUGCCCAAGGGGUCUUUCUGUGCCACCUUGAGUUUGUUUCUACUAAAAGCUUGUACAAAUGUGGUCAAGCUUGGUUACUUUGUCGGAAAAAAACACAUCGUUUUCUUUUCAUAUUUUUGCCAACAAAGCACAAAAUAAUUUUUUUACUAUGUUUUAAAGAAAAUGCUCUAAAAUAUUAAAAAUAUAAGCUUCAAGUUCUGGCCUCUUACAGUAUUUUAAAGUUGGUUAAGACUUGGCUGAUUUUUAAGAAAUUGGAACUAACGAAUAUAUAUCUGGGGUUACUUGGUCUUUUUUCUAAUUGUAUAAUUUAAUUGAGAACAGAGUUUGUAAAGUAUCAGAGUAUAUAUAUUGUUUCUACGACAUGGUAUUGCAUUUAUAUCUUUUUACUACUCCAGUGAUCUGUGAUGGCUGCAGCAGCUUUAUGUUUUUUUGUUUGUUUGUUUUCUUCUUUUUUUAUUAAUAAAAAGGAAAUCCAUCUUUAAAAUAGAUCAAAUAUUCUGAAGAUUGUGUACAGGAUAUACUUUAGUGUUGCAAAUUCAGUGUAGGAAUAUUUGCUUUUUUGAAACACAAAAGUUGUAUUUUCUGUUAAGAGUUCAAAAAAGAUUUUUGCUAUAUUAUGGACAAUGUAAUCGUAUAUAUAUUAAUUUUGUACCUACAUUGUGCAAUACUUGAUAAAAUACGGUAUAACAAAGUAUUUUGAGUCAGUGUCUUACAUGUCAAGAGGGACUGAAAUAGUUUAUAUUAAGUUUGUAUUAAAAUGCUUAAAAAUAUAUGCUUGUCUUUAUUUUUUUUUAUUUCAUAUUUGCACCCUGGCCUUUUUCAAUAAAAGCAAUUUUAGUCAAAUGAA